ACUACUUCUCGAUCUGCACUCAUCAAGUCACUGCGGCUCCCGUCAGAUGCGAAUUCAAAGCAUUGCCGACGCCCUGACGCCCAGUUGUUUGAUUUGCUCUUCCAGAUCUCCAUGGACGAGGCAGCAGAAGAGAGGAAACUGCUGGUACGAGAUGAGGACGGAGAUGAAGAACCGCUCCUCCUUCCACAGAAUUCACUAGCACGUACAAGCGAAAGAAUUAUUAACGUCAAGGGAGUAAAGCACCAUACUGGCAGUUGGAGAGCAUGCACAUAUAUCUUAGUGACUGAAUGCUUUGAGGAGCUAGCAUACUAUGGGAUACAAUUCAACCUGGUCACUUUUCUUAAGACAGUGCUACAUGAAAAUAAUGUUACCGCUGCAAGAAACUAUACGAAUUGGCAGGGUACAUGCUAUAUCGCACCAGUGAUUGGAGCCAUCAUAGCAGAUUCCUAUUGGGGAAGAUGCCUGACUAUAGUUGCUUCGUUCACAGUUUACCUAGUCGGGAUGGCUACAAUGUCAAUUUCAGCAUCGUUCCCGACUUGCGCCGGACCCGAUUGUGUGCAGGAUGGUUCAUCCCAGUCUGUUGUGUUCUUCCUUGGCCUCUACACGAUGGCCAUAGGGGCUGGCGGCAUCAAGCCCUGUGUCUCACCAUUCGGCGCUGACCAAUUCGAUGACAACAGCCCAUCUGAGAGACAGAAGAAGGACUCCUUCUUUAACUGGUUCUUCUUCGCAAUCUACAUCGGCAGCUUCGUCUCGGGAACCGUUGUUGUGUGGGUGCAAGAUCAUUAUGGGUGGGUUGUAGGGCUCUGGAUCCCAACCGUAUUUAUCGCCUUGGCCAUUGCAAGCUUCUUGCUGGGUUCCAAUUCAUACAGGAUCCAAAAGCCUCUGGGGAGUCCAAUUGUGAGGGUCUUCCAGGUCAUUGUUGCAGCUAUUCGGAAAUGGAAUGUAGAUUUACCGCAUGACGAUUCUCUUCUCCACGAGCUACACGAGAAUGUAUCAAUGGUGGAUGGCCAUAAACUGCAGCAUACACCAGUGCUCAGAUUCCUUGACAAGGCUGCUGUGAUCUCAUUAGACGACGAGCUGUCUGAUCCAUGGAGGCAAUGCACGGUCACGCAAGUCGAAGAACUGAAGGCAAUCAUCGGGAUGGUCCCCAUCUGGGCCACCGGGAUCGUGUUCUUCGCCGUCCUCGCGCAGUUCUCCUCGACGUUCCUGGAGCAAGGAAGGACGAUGAACAAGCAGGUCGGCUCGUUCGCCAUCCCGGCGGCGUCCCUGGCGUCCUUCGACGCCGUCAGCGUCAUCGUCUGGGUGCCCGUCUACGACAGGGUCCUCGUGCCCGUGGCCAGGCGUCUCACUGGCAACGAGAGGGGCCUCUCGGAGUUGCAGCGCUACGGGACCGGCCUGCUCCUCUCGGUCCUGGUGAUGGUCGCCGCGGCGCUGGUCGAGACGUGGCGCCUGGCGCUGGUCGCGGGCGCGCACGGUGGCGAGGCGCCGAUGAGCAUCCUGUGGCAGGUGCCCCAGUACUUCCUGGUCGGCGCCAGCGUCGUGUUCGCGUGCGUCGGGCGGACGCAGUUCUUCUACAACGAGGCCCCGGCGUCGAUGCGGAGCCUGUGCUCGGCGCUGGCGCUGCUGACUGUGGCGCUUGGGAGCUACCUGAGCUCGCUCGUGGUGGCCGCGGUGUCCUGGCUCACAACGCGAGGCGGCGAGCCCGGGUGGAUACCCGAUGACCUCAACGACGGCCACCUUGACCGCUUCUUUUGGCUCCUCGCGGCACUUAGCGCGCUCAACCUGGCGGUUUUCGUGUGCUGCGCUAGGCGGUACAAGCGCAGGAACGCUUCCCGAGUGUCGACUGCUUAGUCCGCCAGUGAGUGUCGGCACUGCACUUGCAAAGAGCAUUUUUUUUUUUUUAACUUCCUCAAUCCUGACUGAAUAUUAUGGAUA